GUCUACGACAUCAGGAGACCUACUACCCGCAUUAUCGUUCACUUCAGAGUUGCUGUAGUCGACUCGCCUCUCACGACAGGCAGGGGAUGCCAUGGCGGAGUUGAUCCUAUAUUAUAAAGUAAAAAUAUUUUUGCUUUGCAAACACUAGGUUUGUUAACUUGACUUAAUUUUUUUCUUGAUAAGGUUGGACUUUUUAAUAAAAGUGAAAAAAUAGAUCCAGUUGAACCCAACACAAAAAUUAUAAUUUUCGUUCUAUUUGAUUCUGAGGAACCAUAUGCUGGAUCUUCGAAAUCCAAGGUUCCAUGCCAAUGGAAAAUACGGUUAGCGCAUCAUUUUGCUGGAGGGAGCAUCAUAAAGUCGAUUAAAAAGAUUAGGUUGAAAUAUUUGUUAUUAACUUAUUAUAUGUCCAAUUGUAAUUAAUUUUCGUCAUGUGUUAUAAAUAGCAAGUUAGUCAUGCAUUUCGUAUACAUACCGGCUUAUAUUGUUUAUUAAAAAUAAGUUGUACAGUUUGCUCAGUAUCAGUUCGAAAUAAACAAAUCAGUUCAAGUUCAUCCUCAGACGGAGGAGCACUGUUCAUUUAUAUUACUUGAUACGAACAUUUAAUAAUAAAAAUAAAAAAUAGUGCGUCAAAGAGAUAUUAAGUUAUACUUAAAACUCUUAUCUUCAUCGAUAUAUAAAAAUAUACGGCAAUGCUUAUUUCAAUAAUUUAUCGAAAUAAAUAACUUCGAUAUAUAUUUGGUGCGGCGCUCAGCAUGAGCGAAGUGUAGUGUUUUUGUUUAACAAAAUAUAUUAAUCAAACCUGUUUUAGUGACAGUUUUAUUUCGGGAAUGCUAGACAGUAAUACUGUGUACAAGUUAUUGUUGGAGCUGCAUUCGUUGGAGUGUCCCGGCAACGUGCCCGGAAAUAUCUUCAGUUACCUCUCUACACCAGAAUAAUCCACAUUGCAGCCAUAUCGCUCGUCUGUUGUUCGGCUGUGGGAGUCUUCCGUAAACGAUGGCUCUGUCAAGGCCGCGACAGCUGCAGACGAGGCCGCGCCUGAUCAUCACUGAGCAGCCAGCUAGUAGCAAGUUAAGAUUCCGAUAUUCAAGCGAAGGCAUGUCAGGGUCGAUUCUCGGCGCGUUGAGCAGGCCAGAGAAUCCCACCUUCCCAACCAUCAAAAUAUUGGGCUAUACAGGCUUCGUGCGCAUCAUAGUGUCAUGUGUCACCAAGGAUGAGCCUUACAGACCGCACCCACACAAAUUGGUCGGCCGUGAGCACUGCCACGACGGCGUGUUCAUCGUCUGCACAGAGAUCACCGAUGAGAACAACGAGUACCAGUUCCGCAACCUCGGCAUCCAGUGCGUGAAACGAUGUGAGGUCGACGAGGCGCUAUGCAUCAGAGAAGCGAUGGAAAUCGACCCUUUCAGUACCGGCUUCAGUCAUCGCAAAAAACAGCAAUGCAUCGACAUGAGCGCAAUAAGGCUGGCGAUCCAAGUGCACCCGAUGUAUCCCAGCGGCUCAAUGCUCAAAUUUCGGCCAGUGGUGUCCCACGUCAUACACGACAAAAAGAAUGCGGGCGAGUUGCACAUCAGCUACCCGAGCCAUUGCAGCGGGCCCGCGUGCGGCGGUAUACAGGUCACAGUGUUGAGUGAGAAGGUAAUUCGCAAAAACAUUGUGGUGGUGUUCUACCAGGAUGACGAGCAGAUGUGGUGGGAGCAGGAAGCGAGCAUCAAGCGUGUACACAAGCAAGUCACGAUAUUGUUCAACACACCGCCCUACGUGUACCCCAACAUUACCAAUAAAGUCAAAGUUCACUUCCAGCUGAGAAGGCUGUCGGACGGAGCUGUAAGCAACUCGCUGCCCUACAUUUACCACCCCAACUAUGAAGGGAAUGACGCGACGACUACGUAGCACGCCUUAUGUGCCAACAUACAUAGACAGUAAAAUAAGGAAGCCUCUCAAAUCCACAUCGAUCGGAUCAUUUUGCGAACAAAAUAGUCAGUAUGCUCA